AUAAAUAUAAUUGAAAAUCUGAUACAUUUAAUUAGAUGUCAACAAUCUUGUUAAAAUUUCUCGUCCAUUUUCUCUAUAUAUACACAUUAGCCUUUCCCCUCUCCCCAUCAAGAAGCAUACUUAUCUGCAUUAUCAUGCGCAGACAGAAAACAUUCUAUAAUACAUAAAGACUAUGAAUAAACUAUACCAUUCCGUGUUGGUAGUUCUUUGUUUGGGGCUUCUAAUCCUAGCCCAAAACCAUCAAUUAGCAGAUGCACAGGUUGAUUGCCCCACUGCCGUGCCGAAUUUGCUUCCUUGCACGGAUUUUCUAUCCAACCUUCUUCCUCUCCUACCCAGCAAGAAAUGCUGUGAUGGUGCAAGUAAAUUCACCGGUCUGGGGGGAGUUGACAGUUUGUGUCAAUGUCUAAAACUAAGUCAAUUCGUUUCGGGCAUUCUCCCUACCAAAUUUGGCCUAAUUCCCAAUCUAUGUGGCCUCACUGGCUUUUUACCCCUUGUGAACUGCCUCGUCCCAGGAGCGCCACCAAAGGUUUAAAGUUGGAUGGACCGGAAAGAGUAGUAGGACUCUAGCACCGGCCGGAUGUAAUGCAACAAGAAAAUGUCAACCUUUUUAUUCAUGUUUCUCCUAGCAGACAGCUUAUGAUGUUUGAAAAAAUAA